AUGGAGAGGAUACGUUUGUACGCGCACAGCGACAGCGUCUUGUGGGACCAGCUUUCCUCCAUUUGCGAAGGCCACAAAUUGGACUUCUCAUCGUUCUCUCAACAUAUUCCCCUUUCGAUUGCCUUGCAUGGCGAUGACUCCCAGCUGGCUCUUCAGGCACCUACGGAGGACGCCAUCAAGGUGCAUUCAGUUUUGCCAUUGGAUGUGCAGCGUAUCGCAGGGUCGGGUCCGCCUGCCAAUCGCGUGGAUUUGACUUUUUUCUCGGAUGGCUAUUUGGCCUCGGAGCAGGACAAGUUCAUCAAAGAUGUGACGCGCCUCGUCUCUGAGAUCUCGAAAAACCAGACAUUUCAUACCGUCGCUCCCCUGCUCAACUUCUGGGCCGCGUUCACCCCGAGCAACGAGAGCGGCGUCGGCGUCGGUGGCAUACCAAAAGAUACCCCGUUUGGUCUCUAUCGCGAUGGAACAGAAUUGCGCGGAUUGUACUAUGCUAGGCCGGAAGUCGCGCGCGCCGCCUGCGAUUCUUUGGGCGACCGGUGCGACUAUCCCAUCCUGAUAGGGAACGAUCCUCUGUAUGGAGGGCUUGGUGGAGAGUUCACAACUAUCACCUCUUCGAUCAUGAAUGGUGCGCUCAUCUUGAGACAUGAGCUCGGCCAUUCUAUCAUCGAGGUCGGCGAGGAAUACGACGGCGGCUUCGCGUACUUCGGCGUGAAUGCAGCGCACAAUGCCAGCGAGGCUAUUCCGUGGGCACACUGGCUCACGCGUGUGAAUUCGUCAUCCGGUGGGCUUCCUCGCGUGGAACGCAUGGUCAUGCCCAUACAGGACUACGCAUGGACGCUGCUCAAUUCAACAUCGGCGUGGUCGGCCUAUUUCAACUCUUCUGGAACAUAUUCUCGGUACCUUAUUCGUUUCUCUCUCUCAGGGCUCCCUGAAAAGGAUGAUUUGAGCGUUCUCUUUGACGGGGAAGACUUGGGGUGGACGCCCAAGGAGGGCCUUGGGGUCGAUCGGUAUUUCUACGAUAUAUACAAAAACGAGAGGCUCAGCGAGGGCGAACAUAAAAUCGAGUUCGUGUUGAAGAACGCGGAAAGGGAAGGGAUUGCACAGAUGUGCAGCAUUGAAGUCCUUGAGUAUGGUAGCGAGCAAGAGUUCAUUGAAACGCCUGGCUUUUACGGGGUCUUCCCGACAUUCUCGGAGACCAAUGAAACGACAUAUCGUCCCACGAACGAAGACUGCCUGAUGCGUCUCACUACGGGCCCUAACUUUUGCAAAGUCUGCAUCGAGGGCCUCUGGUACUCACUUCUCAGCCGCGUAGACCCCAUCGACAGCCUGGAGACGGAUUGUCGAUUGGACGCGGAGACCGAGACGUGGAAACGCACGCUCAACGUGACGCUGAUCCCUCUCGGCCAGUUUCGCGAGGACCCUCCAGAUGCGCGAGAGAGCUACACGAUAGUUUGGACGCAGGAUGGCAAGGAGCUGACGCGGUUCGCGAACCAGACGGUGGUCGUUGUGGACGAUGAUGAAGGGCUGGGCGAGUUCGGGGUGGGCGUGAGAUUCGUUACCGAGGAAGUCCGAUCGGACCCCAGCGGGCUGCUGGAAACGAGCGCGAGCGUUGUGGUGUCGAGUACAUGUAGUGAGAGCGCGGUGCAUUGA